AUGAGUUCAAUUUUAAAGUUUUUUAAAUCAGACAAUAAAAAUACUACCUCAGUUUCGAAUGUUUCGAUUGAUGUAGAUUCAGAUAAAUCGUCUGUAGGCAGUCCACCAAUAAAAAGACGAAAACCCGAGAUGUCGCAAUCUGACGCAGAUCGUAAUAUUUUUCCGAAUGAUAUUGCAAAUUUUUGUCGUAAGCAAUUGAAUGACAUUGAAAAAUAUGAAGUUCUUGUGCAUAAUUGGAUACCUGAUGUAGACUUCAAGUUUCCGACUUCUGGCAAACGAAAUUUGAAAUUUCAGCAUUCUUGGUUACGCUCAUUUGUGUGGUUGGUGUAUUCUGCUGCAGAAGACGGAGCUUAUUGCCGUUAUUGUGUCUCAUUUGGAUCAAAUUCUGUUGGUAAAGGGGGUCAUCAGAACACAAAUUUAUUGGUUCAGACUGCGUUUCAAGAUUGGAAGAAAGCACUUGAAAAAUUUAGAGAACACCAAAAAAAAAAAUAUCACCUUGACGCCAUGGAGGAUGGACAAAAUUUUAAGUUGAUUUACGAAAAACGGAAGAGUGACGUGAUCAGCGAAAUUGACAUAGGGCGAUAA